AGAAAAAUCGGAAGAAAAAAAUUAUCGAAAGAAGGCGUCGUCAUUUUAUGAGAAAUAGCGUUUAAAAAAAAAGUGAUUAAAUCCAUAAUAACUUUUACUUUAUUGAGAAAAUGGGAACGUUAACAGAUUUCGGGCAGAUUGCAUUAAAAUGGGAUCCCAAAAACUUGGAAAUUCGUACAAUGUCUGUGGAGAAAACACUGGAGCCAUUGGUUUUGCAGGUGACAACGCUUGUGAAUACGAAAGGCCCAAGCAAAAAGAAGAAAGGCAAAUCAAAGCGGGCCAGUGCAUUGGUUGCAGCUGUCGAAAAGGCUACGGAAAAUUUUAUUCAAAAGGGGGAUCAAAUUGCAUAUGAAAACCCCGAUAUUACCCAAGAAAUGCUCACUGCCGUGGAUGAGGUUCGCAAAACUGGAGACGCCAUGAGCAUUGCGGCUCGAGAAUUCUCAGAAGAUCCAUGUAGUUCUUUAAAACGUGGCAAUAUGGUGCGAGCAGCCAGGAAUCUCCUUUCAGCUGUAACUCGGCUGCUUAUUCUAGCCGAUAUGGUUGAUGUUCAUCUCUUGCUGAAAUCUCUUCACAUUGUUGAGGAUGAUUUGAAUAAACUGAAGAAUGCAUCGAGCCAAGAUGAGCUAAUGGAUAAUAUGAGGCAAUUUGGACGGAAUGCAGGUGAAUUGAUUAAACAAGCAGCUAAACGUCAACAGGAACUGAAGGAUCCACAAUUGCGUGACGAUUUGGCAGCGGCUCGGGCAAUGCUGAAGAAGCAUUCAACUAUGCUGUUGACUGCAUCUAAGGUCUAUGUUCGCCAUCCAGAGCUAGAUCUGGCUAAAGUCAAUCGGGAUUUCAUUUUAAAGCAAGUUUGCGAUGCUGUAAACACCAUAAGUGACGUAGCCCAAGGCAAAUCAUCUCAGCCUACGGAUGUUUACAGCGGAGCUGGUGAGCUUGCUGCUGCUUUGGACGAUUUUGACGAGGGCAUCGUAAUGGAUCCAAUGACGUACAGUGAGAAACGGUCUCGUCAACUGCUAGAGGAACGCUUGGAAAGUAUCAUAAGUGCAGCGGCUCUAAUGGCGGAUGCGGAUUGUACCAGAGAUGAGCGUCGUGAAAGAAUUGUUGCCGAAUGUAAUGCUGUGCGACAAGCUUUACAAGAUUUGCUCUCUGAAUAUAUGUCCAAUAUGGGACAAAAAGACAAUACCCCAGGACUGGAUCGUGCAAUUGAUCAAAUGUGUCGCAAAACAAGAGAUCUUCGUAGACAGUUGCGUAAAGCUGUGGUUGAUCAUGUAUCGGAUUCAUUUUUGGAAACAACAACACCUUUAAUCGAUUUGAUCGAGGCUGCCAAAUCGGGAAAUGAGAAAAAAGUGCGGGAAAAGGCCGACAUUUUCACUAAACAUGCCGAAAAGCUGGUUGAAGUUGCCAAUCUCGUUUGUAGCAUGUCAAACAACGAAGAUGGCGUUAAAAUGGUUCGAUAUGCUGCCGCACAAAUUGAAAGUCUAUGCCCUCAAGUAAUAAACGCCGCUUCAAUUCUGACUGUGCGUCCCAAUUCGAAAGUAGCUCAAGAAAAUAUGACCGCCUAUCGACAGGCAUGGGAGGUGCAAGUUCGCAUUUUAACUGAAGCCGUUGAUGACAUUACAACCAUUGAUGACUUUUUGGCUGUUUCUGAAAAUCAUAUUCUGGAAGAUGUAAACAAAUGCGUAAUGGCUUUGCAAGUUGGUGAUGCCAGAGAUUUGCGUGCCACCGCUGGGGCUAUUCAAGGACGUUCGGCUCGUGUUUGCAAUGUCGUGGAGGCUGAAAUGGAUAACUAUGAGCCGUGUAUUUAUACCAAGCGUGUGCUGGAAGCCGUUAAAGUUCUAAGAGAGCAAGUUAUGACUAAAUUUGAUCAGCGAGUCGACGCUGCCGUGGAAGCACUUUCAAAUAAUACAAACAAAGAUGUUGAUGAGAAUGACUUUAUAGACGCAUCUCGUUUGGUGUAUGAUGGCGUACGUGAAAUUCGUCGCGCUGUUUUAAUGAAUCGAAGCUCAGAAGACUUAGAUACAGAUACUGAGUUUGAGCCCGUUGAGGAUAUGACAUUGGAGACACGUAGUCGCUCAAGUGCUCAUACUGGUGAUCAGACAGUUGACGAAUAUCCAGAUAUUAGUGGUAUUUGUACUGCUAGGGAGGCAAUGCGUAAAAUGACAGAGGAGGACAAGCAGAAGAUUGCUCAACAGGUUGAGCUCUUCCGUAGAGAAAAACUAACUUUCGAUUCAGAAGUCGCGAAAUGGGAUGAUACUGGCAAUGAUAUCAUAUUUUUGGCUAAACAUAUGUGUAUGAUUAUGAUGGAGAUGACAGAUUUUACCAGAGGACGUGGACCUUUGAAGACCACAAUGGACGUUAUUAAUGCUGCUAAGAAAAUCUCAGAAGCUGGUACUAAGCUCGAUAAAUUGACACGUGAAAUAGCAGAGCAAUGCCCGGAAAGUAGUACUAAGAAGGACUUGCUGGCUUAUUUGCAACGCAUUGCUCUCUAUUGUCAUCAGAUUCAGAUUACAUCGAAAGUCAAGGCGGAUGUUCAGAAUAUUAGUGGUGAACUAAUAGUUUCCGGGUUGGAUAGUGCGACUUCGUUGAUUCAAGCAGCUAAAAAUUUAAUGAAUGCGGUCGUCCUUACCGUUAAAUACUCAUACGUUGCAUCCACUAAGUACACCAGACAAGGAACUGUCACUUCUCCAAUUGUGGUGUGGAAGAUGAAAGCACCUGAGAAGAAACCAUUGGUAAGACCAGAGAAACCAGAAGAAGUCAGAGCAAAGGUUCGAAAGGGAUCACAGAAGAAGGUUCAAAACCCAAUACACGCCCUAUCUGAAUUCCAAAGUCCUGCUGAUGCCGUUUAAGUAGUGUAACAUCUCGAUUUCAUUAAAGUAUUAUAAAAUUAUACAAUACACAUACAUACCUAAAUUAUACAAUAUAAUAUGUAUAUGCACAGACAUAAAUACUGCAAACAUUUCUAUAUGCGCACUAGAACAAAACAGUUGCUUAAUAAAUAAAAAAUAUAUAAACAACA